AAAGUUUCUGAGCGGCCGAUUACGAUGGGUGAGGUUAAGACCGCAGCUGAGACUGGUUGCCUCGUCGAGCUCUUCGGGACGGGUACUGCAUGCGUCGUCACUCCUGUGGAGAAAAUUGGAUACCUCGGUAGCGACGUAGUCAUCCCUACGGGCGAGGACGGGAUGGGUCCAUUGUCGAGGCCACUCUGGACUGAGCUCACGGGCAUUCAGACGGGUGAGAUUGAGAGCGAGUGGAACUUUGUGGUCACCAAGUAGAGAGAUUGUAAAUCUGAUUGAUCAGCUUGGGAUCCAUUGGUUCUUGGUGUCUAUCAGCUCAUAGCUUUUAGGGCAGUAUGAAGGCUCCCCUAUCGAUUCGAGCAUAUCCAUAUGCCAGACGAGCGCAGCUGCUCCCCAGGCUAUGUCCGACACCGUUUCGCCAGCUGUUCUCGUCCUUGUCUCGCGAUGUUGAAGCUGCGCUAGUCGCUGACCAGCGCCCUCCUGGGGAACUUGGCAGAUUCGUCAGAGAGUAUGAGCAACGUUCUGCAACAGUCCUUCAAUCCCAGUUGCCGAUAGAACACAUCCCUUGUCCGACCAGGAAGGUCGACGUCAGCUCACCCGACUCCGGGUCGGUGCUUAUCGUGCACGCGUUGGACUGUGGUCGGGCUGGUGUGAAGAAAACAAUCGGAAGUGGUUUUGCCAUACAACCACGUCCUGCCAGUUCGUUGGGCGAGGACACAACGGUGCUGACUUGUGCACACACGCUAGAAGAGAUCGUUCAAAUCGCGUCUUCGCACUCAGAGUCAGAUCAGGAUCGUGACGAUAAACACCCGUACUCUCGCUCAGGCAGUUGGGUGAUAUCAGAAGUUGAUGGACAAUCCACUAUGGAACCUCUCCGCUCCGUACUGUCUGCUGUACGGCACGCGGAUCUCCUCCUCCUAUCCGUGCGGAGUCGCUUGCCCCUGCGUACCCUCCCCGUCUCGCCUUUCCCUGCGACCGUCGGCUCGACUGUGUACGUUCACUUUGUGUUGGCCGAGAAACCUGAAUCCGUUGACCACGAGUGGUUUCCCUGGGUCGGAGGAACAUGGAGGACUUGGAUGCCCUGCACGGUGACAGGCUACAAGGACCGUCGAGGAAGAGUUGCCCAGGUAUGUUUCCAGCAAGCAUUUAGCUCACGCUAUAACCGCAACUAACGAUGAUAUAUUGUCCUGAACCCAGGCCGGAACGUACGACGAACUAACACAGAUGACCUUCCACCCGGCGCCGCCUCCAGGUUCCAGUGGCGGGCCCAUCGUCAACGAGUGUGGGACUGUUGUUGGCGUCACGCUUGGAUCGAUGAGAGAAUAUGGCCAGCCGCAACACCAAGGAUGGGGAGUGCCAGCGCAAGAUAUUUACGAGGUGAGCCAGAUCAUCGUUGUCC